CUGAGAGAGCGAGAGAGAGAAGGGGAGACGGAGGCAGAGAAAGAGAGAGAAAGAGUUGAUGGGGCUGUGAAAGAGUGUGCUGCUGGAGAUGGGAGAGUGAUGUAUGUCAGGGCUGUAUGCCCCUUCCCCCACCCCUGUGCCCCGCCCUCCCCUACCUUCUCCUUCCUCCCCUUCCUUCCCCUCUCUCCCACUGACAGUAAUUUGACAGGCCCAGAGUUGACAGACUUGAAGGCGGUGGGGUAAGCGAUUGUCAGGCUGGCAAAGUCGGGCAGCUGCUGACUGGCUGGGGAGCCGGGGUAUGAUCGGAGAGCCAUGAUUGGCCAGGGGGAUUGAUGGGGAGACGAGGGGAUGCUGUCGGCGUGGCGACACAACGUGGUGGAUAGACAGACGGGACUUUUAAAAGCCCAGGGGGCUCAGGCUGGAGGUUGAGCCACCCCUCUGCUGGGUCUAUGGCAGUGGGAGGGCUCUGACAGGGCCAGCAGGCAGGCGCCUCUCUGAUUAAUGCUCUGCAGCCACACAGACAGGCAGGCAGACAGGCAGACAGGCAGGCCAGAGCUAACUGCCAGACAGAGAUAGCUCACGUCACACCUUAGCGUCCAUACCAAUACAGCUCCCAUCACUGACCAUGCUACUGAGAAAUGUGUUGGUUGGACCACUGUUUUUCUCCUCAUAGAGACAGAGGCAGGCAGGCUAAAUACAGUGUAGCCAGCCGUAAAGUCAGAUACCUUCACCAUGAAACUAACAGAAUGAAAAAGUGAUUUCUCUCCACGGUCUGAGCAUGUAUACGCUAAACUCUGGUAGUCACCCCGGUUAAGACCAUCUGCAAAAUAGAUCAAUCAAUAUAAACGAAUGGAAUACAUUUCCAUGAAAGUAAGGAAAGGAUAAAUAAAGUAGCUUGUCCCCUGUAGUUGAAAGGCAGAGCAAGGCGUGCCAGCUGGACCAGGAGUCAGGGAGCAGCGAGGGAGUCCCCCUGAAGGGUUCACACACUCUUAUGUAACCUGCAGAGAGACAGAGAGUUGGGCUCACACUAGGCUGUGCCCAACACACACACACACACACACACACACACACACACACACACACACACACACACACACACACACACACACACACACACACACACACACACACACACACACACACUCACAGAAACCUAUGCGUACACACACACACACUCAUAGAAACAUAUGCGUACACACACAAACACACACACACAUUUUCAAUAUUAACCUCACCCUCCUCCCUCUUUCAUUUGCUGUCUGUUUUAUUUACAGCUUCCCCUCUCCCUCUCUCGCUACCUCUCUUUCAACUAGCAACACCUAGCUGUACUGUACCUAUGGACACAUCAGCAGGGUUUAUGGGAAGGUUAUUCCUGAUUGUACCCUUGUGGGCUGACAAUGGUGUAAAUCUCCUAGGCGCUUUAAGCAGUAGCAUAUGCAGCUAUGAAAUGCUCAGGGAGGCUGUUACAGCGAAUGGAGAGAGAGAGAGAGGGAUAGAGACAAUAUAUACCUCUAUACACUUAGAUCCUCCAGAGAUGGACUGCUACUGCUGCAUGUCUCAACAUGCACCUGCUGCUGCACACUAAACGGAGUUGAAGCCUAUUUCCUCCUGUGUCUCUUAAUCAACAUUGAAACAUCAACGGAGGCUAACUCAUUUCAACUGAGGUGCCAGGGCUCCGUGUUAACAUCUCCCUGAGUGUUCGCCUGGGUAGAAUUCCUGUUCCUCCCAGCCCCUCCCUACGGCUUGUUGCCAGCCAAUUGUGUUCUCACAAAUAAGGCAGCGGGGAUUGGAGAGACACAGGCGGUGCGAAAAAUACAAUUUCAGUCAAACAAAGAAGGAAAGGCGGUUGGUAAGGAAACUGUAGAAAACGGAAAAAUGCUAAUGUAUUUGAUAUUGGCUGUUUCUAUUACUCUUCUCCGUCUCUCCCUCACUCCGUCUCUCCCUCUCUCCCUCUCUCCCUCUUCAGCUCUUCCUCUUCUCUCUAUACAGCCUAGUAGUGUUUUACAACGAGGAAAUCGAGACACAAUGAUAUCCCAAAUUAAUUAGUAACUCAAACCAAUCGGGUUCUCUGUUCUUCUUCCUGCCUCUCGCGCGGCGUCUGCUCACAGUGGUCUCUCGUUCUUUAAUGAGGACUUUGUGGUAAUGGAGCCUUAACGAGGAGAGGGCCUCCCCGCCUCGCUCAGCAUCUGGCCACUCUCUGCCUAUUGGGUAGAUUACAGAGCUCUGUAGCCCAGGCAGCACAUAGCAGUGCUCCCUAAAACAGACUGUUACUCCUGGCCUAAUCCAGCCUGCAGAGACCACACAGUCUCUCGCCUCUCAGGCCAUAUGCUCACCAAAACAUCAAUGGAGAUGGGAGGGAGAGGAGCCACAGCUUGAGCUAGUGAGAGACUGCUUUCUUACUUUGGAGACACACAGCUAGUCCAAAGUGUCUAAGCCCGUCUCUUGGCAGGGGGACUGCACUGAGCAUGCGCUGGGCAGCAGAAUGAAGAGAGAAAGAGUCAUUCAUGGCAGCAGAUGGAGCCGUCAGCUCUUAUUGUUCUCCAGUGCAAAGUCUGAAGAGGACUCUUAAGCCACCAGCGCUAAUCAUACUGGAGUGAGUACACGCACACGCACACGCACAUGCACACACACACGCACAUGCACACACACACACACACACACACACACACACACACACACACACACACACACACACACACACACACACACACACACACACACACACACACACACACACACACACACACACACACACACACACACACACACACACGGUGCCAGUCAGUGUGUAGCCCCUAAGCUGUGGCUGUCCUGAAGAGACAGAGCCUUGCAGGAAGUGGUGAUAAAGCCAUGCAAGGCCAUCCUGCCGUGCCCUGACCUCCUACCUGCAUCGGCUGCUUACCUAUUGCAGAUUCAGUCUUCCCAGCCUGGUGCAGGUCUACAAUUUUGUUUCUGGUGUCCUUUGACAGCUCUUUGGUCUUGGCCAUAGUGGAGUUUGGAGUGUGACUGUUUUAGGUUGUGGACAGGUGUCUUUUAUACUGAUAACAAGUUCAAACAGGUGCCAUUAAUACAGGUAACGAGUGGAGGACAGAGGAGCUGCUUAAAGAAGAAGGUCUGUGAGAGGUCUGUGAGAGGUCUGUGAGAGCCAGAAAUCUUGCUUGUUUGUAGGUGACCAAAUACUUAUUUUCCACCAUAAUUUGCAAAUAAAUAAAUUAAAAAUCCUACAAUGUGAUUUUCUGGAUUUUUUUUUUAAGUUGAAGUGUACCUAUGAUGAAAAUUACAGGCCUCUCUCAUCUUUUUAAGUGGGAGAACUUGUACAAUUACUGGCUGACUAAAUACUUUUUUGCCCCACUGUACUACCCCGUUACUAAUGCUGCCCCUCUUAGCCCUUUCUCUAUUGUCUCUUCUAUGACAGUAACCUAUCCUCCCACAAAGGCUAACAAAGCCACAGCAGCACUCCACUUCAGUCCCUAUCACAGUCUCCCCUACUCAAAGUGUUAAUCAUCCUCCUGUUGUACUGUGAUGACUGAGUGUUGGGUCCCUACCAGAGUCUAUUAGCUUUCCCUGCUUCACUAUUUGUUUGUGUCUAAACAAACAGGACACUCUGACUGUGAGGUCAGCAGUUGGAACGCAGGCUGUGUCAGCUUCCAUUACGCCUACCUUUCACAGCAUCUCUCUCUCUCUCUCUCUCUCUCUCUCUCUCUCUCUCUCUCUCUCUCUCUCUCUCUCUCUCACUCUCGCUCUCUCGCUCUCUCGCUCUCCCUCCCUCCCUCCCUCCCCCUGGAAGAAAUUCUCUCUUUCUCUCUGCUUCCCUUCUUUUUUUGUCUGAGUUGCGCAUUCCUCUGCCCAGGAGGAAGAGAGAGAAAGAGCUGGUUGGACCAGUCCCUGAAUAGCCUUGGAAAGCUGCAGGAAAGUGGGGGGUCAGUAGGAUGUUUGAAAGACUGAAAGGUCAGGAUGGUAAAUUGCUUCUCUGUACAUGAGUCUCAGUAGUCGUCCUUCUUAAUGUGUAGGAUUAAUUCCUCCCCCUGCCCUUUCUGCUCAAUAAUGAGGAGGAUUCUGUGUAAUACAUGAACCGGCCCAUCCAGGUGAAGCCAGCCGACAGCGAAGGACGAGGAGAAGACAGGAAGCUGUUUGUGGGGAUGCUUGGGAAGCAGCAGAGCGAGGAGGACGUCCGGCGGCUCUUUGAGACCUUCGGCCAGAUCGAGGAGUGCACCGUCCUGAGAGGGCCUGAUGGGGCCAGUAAGGGCUGUGCCUUUGUCAAGUUCUCCAGCCACGCAGAAGCACAGGCGGCCAUCAACAGCCUGCACGGCGGACAGACCAUGCCAUGUGCGUAUCCCCAGGGGGCGUCCUCCAGCCUGGUGGUGAAGUUUGCCGACACGGAUAAGGAGCGGACCCUGCGUAGGAUGCAUCAGAUGGCGGGCCAGCUCGGCAUCUUCAGCCCCAUGACCAUCCAGUUUGGGGCCUAUGGCGCCUACUCUCACGCUGUAAGUCUCGGCUCCACGGGGGAGGAGACGCAGAUGAUGCAACAGCAAGCAGCGCUAAUGGCGGCGACCCAGAAUUCGUAUCUGAACCCCAUGGCAGCCAUCGCUGCGGCACAAAUGCAGCAAAUGGCAGCUUUCAACGUCAACGGUCUGGUGGCUGCCCCGAUGACACCCUCCUCAGGCACCAGCACGCCGCCGGGUAUCAAUGCCACGGCCGUGCCCAGCCUAGCAACACCCAUGGGGGUCAACGGGUUCGCAUCCCUCCCGCCCCAGACCAACGGUCAGCCUACCAACGAGCCAAUCUACACCAAUGGGAUCCACCCCUACCCAGGUGAGACAGCCAAUGGGAUUCACCUCUACUCAGCACAGAGUCCUACAGUGACUGACCCUCUCCAGCAGGCUUACGCCGGUGUGCAGCACUACGCAGCAGCCUACCCUGCCGCCUAUGCACCAAUCAGUCAAGCGUUUCCCCAGCAACCCACCAUCAUCCCCCAGCAACAGAGAGAAGUCUGUUGUUGUUAUUUCCCACCAGGGCCGGAAGGCUGCAACCUGUUUAUUUACCAUCUGCCCCAGGAGUUUGGAGACGCAGAAUUAAUGCAAAUGUUCCUCCCUUUCGGCAACGUCAUCUCCGCCAAAGUCUUCGUGGACCGGGCGACCAAUCAAAGCAAGUGUUUUGGCUUUGUGAGCUUCGAUAACCCGUCCAGUGCCCAGGCGGCUAUCCAGGCCAUGAAUGGUUUUCAGAUAGGCAUGAAGCGGCUGAAGGUGCAGCUGAAGCGGCCAAAGGAUGCCAACCGACCUUACUGACCCCUUUGCCGUCCACAUCCAGGAUGAAGGGCCACAACACCUUAUUUCCACAAGUGCAGUAUAAAGUACAAAGACUUCUUGCUCUGCUACAUAUCAUGAAAGAAGGGUGGUCCCUUGAUUCUGCUGGAAGAAUAGCUGGAGAAGAUUGGGUGACUGAGGAGGAGAAGGAACCCGGAGAUUCUUUUUUUUUUUUUUUUAGCAAAUGCCUCUUUUCCCUGUUUUGCUUUGGCGUCUGUGGAAGAGGAUUUUUUGCAGAGACCAACUUUUUGCUGCUGUUUUUUAGACAAGAUGGAAAACCUUUAUAGACACAUUAUGCUCAAAGCAUGCAUACUGACACCGUUAUAUAUAGACAUGAACACACUCUUACCAAACACACAGCUUACCAAACACACAUGCGUACAUACAGACCAACACACACACACAAAUAUUCUCUCAGACAUCCUACAGUGUACAUACACGUAUGUGCAUUUGCAACUUUAAACAUACACGCGGACAGACAGACACACACAUAAACACACACACACACAGACAUAUACACACACCAGCCUGCUGCCAUUUUGGUUUUCGUGCCUACACAGGUGAUGUGCUCUGUGACAGGGCGAGCUCUGAAGAAAAGAAGAUGAGAAAUGGAGAAUCCAGGAGAAUUUACAUGCAUCAUUCCUUAGGAAAUAGGGACCAAAGGACUUAACGCUUUUUAAAAGAAUAUAAAUAUAUAUACAUAUAUAUAUAUAUAUUUAAAAAACUCUUACCUUGUAGCUGCAAGUAUUACAAUUUAAUAGUAGUCAAAAUAAAUCAUUAAAUCAAUAUCCAGUGGCCUAAGUAAGAAUAAAACGAUAAAGGAAAUAAUGUAUACAUUGAAAAAAAGACAAGGAAACGUAGUAAAGGGGCUGAUUAUUAUGUUCUGGUUGCUGUUUUGCCACCAGUUAGUAGAUUAGAAAAUGUAGAAUACUAGAAAGUAGAUUUGCUCUUUUUUUGCUGUUGUUUUUUUAAUGAAAACAAUACUUGAACUUGUAAAGUAAGGGGGAGGGAUGAAAAAGAAAAAAUUAUUCAUUUUGUCUGUCCCCCCCCAGUGGGCUUUGGGGCAUUGGGGUCUCUCUCUUGGAUGUUACGGUCGGGCUGCUGGAUAUGUCCCUCAUCAUGGUGUACAACUCACUCACAGCACUAUCUGACAGCUAUAAAGGAACUGUUUUUGAGAAGAGGGGGAAGGAGAAGAGAAAAGACAGAUGGACCUUCCUAGUGUCUGUGCUGGACAGGGUGCACAUAUGAGAGGCUUAUUUCCCACAAGCCUUUGUGUUCAAGCGACAAUCCACUGUAAAAACCAAGCAAAUCGGACAUGAUGUGUUCCUUUCUUUUGAGCUCUAUUAUUACGACAGGGAGUGUGCUAUUAUAAAAGUUAUAAAGGAAAUGCAUAAAGAGAAGCUUCUGAAAACGAGAUGGACUUAAUGGACAAAAAUUAAGGCAAGCAGAGAAGAAAAUGAUUGAGUUGAUAGCUACUGAAACUGCCAAAAGAGUGGACUCAACAGUAUAACAAUGAAUUGGCUCUCAUGGCGUUUGAGUAAACGAAAAAAAUAGACCCAUUAAAAAUAACCAUGUUAUAGGCAAGAGGGAGAGAGAGAGAGAGAGAGGCCAGGGAUAUUUAUGUCCGCUGAAGCCGUUCUAAAGCUCUGGUGAGAUUGAGAAACAUCGCCUCAUCUCCCCGGCUGCAGAACAGAUACAAGCAGAACUUGCUCUGAAAGACACACUAGAUUUAUCGAUGGCAAAACAGUGGAAGCUUUUAGAGCUCAUUUAACUUUGUCGUAUAUAAUGUACAUGCCACUGUUAACAUGUGCCCUCCCUGACCUGCUUUUUUCAAAUAUUGUAUAAUGAGCCUGUGGAAAAACCUACCUAUCCGUCUCAACCUAACCUAACACAGUCUGAAUUACAGCCAUACCACAGCCAUCAUUCAGCUCCUCCCUGCCAAUCCAUGCCUAGCAAAACACAGCUCUGAACUCUUAACUUGCCAGGCUUUGACUUAGUGUCCACGAGCCCCUUUAUUUUGACUAUUUUACAGUGGUGGAUGCAGCUGGCCCCUCUAUGAAAACCAGAUCAAUAUGUUUGCUAUGAGUCUCGAGGAAGGAUAAGAUGGCAAGUCAUUCACUGUCCACACUUCCUCAGAUUCUCUCAGUAGAACACCAGCUCUCUCCCCUCCAUCACAACUCCCUGAGAGCUGACUGAAGGCAUAUGGAGGGGGAGGCAGAGCUGGACAGGGAAGAGAAGGGGAGAGGAAAGUGGGAGAAGUCAACAGCCAAACCCUGAUCUCUGAGCUCUACUCCACGCCAGCAUGUCCAACCUCAUCUUACUUUAUCCUUUAAAGUGAUGCUUCUUGGAGUUUUCCCCCGGGGACCAAAUCCAUGCAAUCAAAAGCCACAGCAAGCGCAGCCUACCCCCCCCCCCCCCCCCCUUGCCAAACACCAUGUAUCUGUGCUGCCUAGCUCUUGGGGAAUGGGAUUGAAGGGUUGAUAAGGAAUCACUUGGCAUGUAUUAGGUACCUGCUGCCUUCUGUCCAGCCUGUGUCUGUUUACCUCUGGGACUUGCUCUCCAAAGCAGAGCUGACGCAUUCCAAGUCACUGACUGAAAGCCCUGCCUGCCUGCUUGUCUGCCUGCCUGCCUCACACAAGACACAUCAAGACACAUGCCUUUCAUUCUCUUUCUCCCAGUUGCUUGAAUACAACACAAUGCCACUCUUUUCUGUGAGCGAAAAGCUCUUGGAUUUGUCCUGAUUUGUAUCCUUGAUUUCACCAUACCACAUUACUGUAAUGAAUGUUAGCGUCUGACUUUGUGUUUGUGUUCCUCUGCUAUGAAGUGACACUGUUCUGUUCCAUCAUGCCUUCCAGAACCCCAACCUAGCUGUUCAUAGCCAUGUUCAACCAGAGUGAGCUCUGCACUCAACAAUGGUGGGUUUAGGCUGGUUUUACCAGGCUAUGCUGUUCAGCUGUUCCCCUGGAACAAUGUUUCAAACCAACCUGCAGUUCAGUGUUUGGCUUCAGUAGCCUUCGAUGAUCUCUUCCUCCGUAUUAGACAUGCUAUUUCACCUUUCCCUCUAAUCACGUUGUAAUAGUGAGGCUCUAUACAUUAACACCAACCAAGUGAAAAGUCAUCUGCAUAAUCACCUGGACCAAAUUACAGUGGGGAUGGUCCCUUGAAUGCUCUGUGAUGACAGAAGGUAGAUUAGAGAGAAUUAUGUUUGUAGCGGCUCCCUGGCAAGGAUGCCGACAGCUGACCUGGCACCGAUAUCACCGCAGCCGUAUUUAUGAUGGAGAUGGGAUCCAGGAAGCAGGAUGAAACCCUCCAUGUCAUAGCUACUCUGGGUAUUCAUGUUGGAUAUUUGAUUGGCGUGGGUAUAGAUUAUGUUGAAAAUAAGGCAAAAGAGACUAGGUUUGAAAUAUUGCUCCAGGCACAAACGCUACUGAACAAUAACAGGUUGAAAUGGUUAGCAGACAACCAACUAUUCCGUUUAAAAACCCUCAGUUCCUCCGUUGUAGCUGCCUGCCGGGUGGCCUGUGCUAUUGUACUUCAGCUUUCAGCACUUAAUUGUGUCUCAACAAUCUCCUCAGAGGCCGCCAUUUUCCACAAAACAACCUGCUCUAAAAAUGUUGUCUUUUUCACGGCAGUUUUACAGUCGGGACACCUGCAAAGCAGCGAAUAUUGUUCAGAACAGGAAGAACAGUAUUGGUGAAGCACAGUAGUUAUUUUGAAUCAAAAUGAUGCCCAUUGAAAAAACAGUGGGUAUGGGUUGUCUCAGCUUCCCUUCAAACACAGUCAAAACACUCAACCUUCAGUUAUGAAGUCAGCAGAACAUGUAGGAACUAGGAAGCCACAUGAAUUCAUGUGAAGUAGGUCAAUAGGAAUGCAUGUUGUUCACAACAGCCCUUUUGUGCUCAUUAUUUAUGUAAUGCUGAAUUAAUCAAUAGGAAACCUAAUGUUCCGUGAGCGAUGAAAUCUCCUUUGCUUGUCUCUCUGCCGCUUCAAAAGCACCUCCUGCAAGAAUAGUCCCAUUAGCCUCACCAUGAGCCCUCUGAUGUCUCCUACACCAGAUACAUGCUGCACACCCCUACAGUCAACUUAGAGCAAGGUUAGGUUCAACCUAGGUCCAAUCCCCUGCCCAGUCUUAUUUUCCCUGCUUGGCUAACGUGCUACGCUCGUAUAGCCUUUCUGCUGCACCAGGGAGCUGCAGAAACGUGCUUGGGAAGGCUAGAUUAGACAAUGUUAAAUCAGGGAGCUGUUUGAACGAGGGCACUCAUAAUGCUCUUCUACACAGGGGAGGAAGGUUAUUAGGGUGACAUGCAGUGAAAACAGAAAUAGCAGUAGUGAAGCCAGGCUCUGGAACAACAGAAAUGAGAAGUGGGUUUUAUUCCUUCUUUUACUGACUCCAAAAGUCUGCCAGCUCAGCCCAUCUCAGCUCUGGCCCUGUUUGGCCUUCAGUCGAGGCACAGGCUGUCUGGAGAAUGUUAACUUAGGAGUGACUCGCCUUACGCAGGACUGAAAUCCACCCACUCAUGUUCAGAUGAGAAUAUUUAGAUUGACAUUAAAGGUUAUUGAUAUUGUUAGUUCAACUCACGUUAUGUCUGUUUGGAAACAUAAUACCAGUAAAAAGUUUGGACACACCUACUCAUUCAAGGGUUUUUCUUUAUUUUUACUAUAUUCUACAUGGUAUAAUAAUAGUGAAGGCAUCAAAACUAUUAAAUAACACAUAUGGAAUCAUGUAGUAACCAAAAAAGUGUUAAACAAAUCAAAAUAUAUUUUAGAUUUUAGAUUCUUCAAAGUAGCCACCCAUUGCCUUGAUGACAGCUUUGCACACUCUUGGCAUUCUCUCAACCAGCUUCACCUGGAAUGCUUUUCCAACAGUCUUGGAGGAGUUCCCACAUAUUCUGAGCACUUGUUGGCUGCUUUUCCUUAACUCUGCAGUCCAACUCAUCCCAAACCAUCUUAAUUGGGUUGAGGUCGGGUGAUUGUGGAGGCCAGGUCAUCUGAUGUAGCACUCCAUCACUCUCCUUCUUGGUCAAAUAGCCCUUACACAGCCUGGAGGUGUGUUGGGUCAUUGUCCCGUUGAAAAUAAUUGAUAGUCCCACUAAGUGCAAACAAGAUGGGAUCGGGUAUCGCUGUAGAAUGCUGUGGUAGCCAUGCUGGUUAAGAGUGCCUUGAAUUCUAAAUAUAUCACAGACAGUGUCACCAGCAAAGCACCCCCACACCAUCACUCCUCCUCCUCCAUGCUUCACGGUGGGAACUACACAUGUGGAGAUUAUCCGUUCACCUACUCUGUGUCUCACAAAGACACUGCGGUUUGAACAAAAUCUCAAAUUUGGACUCAUCAGACCAAAAGACAGAUUUCCACCGGUCUAAUGACGAUUGCACAUGUUUCUUGGCCCAAGCAAGUCUCUUCUUCUUAUUUAUGUCCUUUAGUAGUGUUUUCUUUGCAGCAAGACCUGAUUCAUGCAGUCUCCUCUGAACAGUCGAUUUUGAGAUGUGUCUGUUACCUGAACUGUGAAUCAUGUAUUUGGGCUGCAAUUUCUGAGGCUGGUAACUCUAAUGAACUUAUCCUCUGCAGCAAACGUAACUCUGGGUCUUCCUUUCCUGUGGUGGUCCUCAUGAGAGCCAGUUUCAUCAUAGUGCUUGAUGUUUUUUGCGACUGCACUUGAAGAAACUUUCAACGCUCUUGAAAUGUUUCUUAUUGACUGACCUUCAUGUCUUAAAGUAAUGAUUGAAUAAUUUCUCUUUGCUUAUUUGAGAUGUUCUUGCUUGGUAUUUUACCAAAUAGGGCUAUCAUCUGUUUACCACCCCUACCUUGUCACAACACAACCGAUUGGCUCAAAUGCAUUAAGAAGGAAAGAAAUUCCACAAAUGAACUUUUAACAAGGCACACCUGUUAAUUGAAAUGCAUUCCAGGUGACUACCUCAUGAAGCUGGUUGAGAGAAUGUCAAGCAUGUGCAAAGCUGUCAUCAAUGCAAAAGGAAGCUAUUUUGAAGAAUAUUAAAUAUAAAAUAUAUUUUGAUUUGUUUAUCACUUUUUUGGUUACUUAAUAAUUCCAUAUGUGUUAUUUCAUAGUUUUGAUGUCUUCACUAUUAUUCUACAUUGUAGAUAAUAGUAAAAAUAAAGAAAAACCCUUGAAUGAGCAGGUGUCCAAACUUUUGACUGGUACUGUAUGUAAAAUAUAACAAAAACAUCUUUAUGGUCAUGUCAACGGUCACUGUAAUGUCUGACCUUCUCAUGUAACAUUAGCACCUGUGAGGCAGUUAUUCACAUUUCUUAACCUCUGGUUAUUCUGCUUCGUCUACUGGCUCUAGUUAUAAUACCUUCCUAUUUUGCAUUCCAUAAAGUCUGUCCUCGUGAGGAGUUAGAAACCCCAGAGCUCCGAGGCUGACACAGGGGCAGGGUAACCAAUCCUAAGAGCCGAAGAGGUUGACUAAGAGGCUAGAUAACCAAUCAUCUGAGCUCUGAAGCUGGUGGAUGGGUUGAAUAACCAAUCCUAGUGAGCGAAGAGAGAUCUGCCUUGCAUGUCUAGCAGACCCCAGCCCCUGGGUGUAGAGAACACUCACCCUAAAAUAGCAGUGAUUGUCAAGGAAAGGAAGUGAAAUGUAAUUGACUGAAAGUGGAGAGAUAAUUAAAGGAACCUGUUGGACAGGAGGGAGAAAUUAAUGGCUCUCAUUUAAAUGCUGCUUUGAGAGAAGAGGAGAGCUUUUCCGUCAUCUCGCUUAGGUAAGGCAAAAAGGGGUUUUCGCCGUGGAAAUGGGAUUUUAGCUGAGAGGGGAAGUGAAGUGGGUUUGGAGGGGGGGUUGGGUGCUAAACUGAAACUCCACAAAGUCACUUCGAUACUCAGGGCAUCAGGCGCUAUGAUGUCAUGAUUAGUGGAAACUUUCAGAGCCUUGCCUUACCCAUGGGCCCUGCCUUCCUUGUCAGGCUGGGGAGGAAUAAGAGCUGCGUAUUCACCCAGAGGCGCAGAGAGUAUGGUGGGAGCUGGGGGAGCAUGUUGGACCUCUGCCAGGGCAGCUGGAGGAGCCAGAGACAGAAUCACACUGUCAGUCAGUCACGGGGAGUGCUGUCGGUCAUCGAAACAUUAAUGCCUUGGAUCCAUCAGGUCAUCAUGCAAUUUUAAAAGACACUAAAAGGAAGACUUUGAUCCUAUCAUAAACAACAUAAAGAGCAGUCAAUCACAGAAAAGUGUGGGAUCAUGUUUGACAACAAAGCUGGAGAUUCGAAUCAAAGUGAUGGAGACAGAAUUUUUUAUUCCUUCAUGUAAAUAAUAGAACACAGAAACAAAUGAGUCAGGAAGUAAGAACUGUACAGUAGAGAGGUCUGUCUAUAGUAGUCGCCUGGCUGUGUGGACAUUGAUGUCACUAUAAAACGUAUCCACAGCAGUGCAGGGAAUCUUUGGAGGGGGUGGGAUAUUUUAACCUUUUGGCCUUUUGGUUACUGACUAAACAUGAAUGAAUAUGCACUAUACCCUCAGCUGAACACCACCCUACAUAACAGGGAGAAGAUAGCAGAGAUCUGAUUCUAGAUGAUUUAGUAGGGCUUCAAUUCCAGCCUGGAGCAAUCCAUUAAUUAGGUUUACACUGACACAUCAUGAUAUUUCUGACAGUUGAAAGAUUGCCUGCGCACUAGCUAAUUGGAUUAGUCCAAUCGGAGCUGAUGAAACGGAUAUAUGUGACCUCAAAGACGUGAAGAGCAGGCCCGCCCCUCAUUCUGCUCCGUGCCGUGCAGAGGAGCAGGUGAUAGUGACAGCAGCCGUUAGUUCACUAGUCGCUAGCUAGCUAGCUUGCCACCGGGGCUGGGCGGCGCCCGCCAGUCUCCGCUAUACUCCACAGCUCCACGGGUAUGGGCAGAAGGGGGUGAGGGGUUGCCAGAUUGGAGCUGAAAACAUAUUUACACAUUAUCCAAACACAGAACACAGGUGCAUGAUGAGAAAAAGAGAGGGCCAGUUGAGCCGAAUGCACUGAUACUAAAAUGAAUGACUACCCUGCAGAUCUCCCUGCCUCUGUGGCCUGCCCCUGGCUCUGCUCUCCUUACGGCCCGAGUACACAGCUGCCUGCGGUACUCUUGUACAUAUUACAUAGCUUAUUUUUUAAUUCUGUUAAGGCUUCUUUAUAGACGACCGUACAAUAAAUUAUGUUGAAAAAAAAGAAAGAAAUAGUUAAUAUAUUUCACUGACUACGAGAAGUAAACUAUGAAAUAAUUUAUCAAAAACAGUAGAGAUUUUUUUUUUCUUGUAUAUUGAAGCGCUGAUGUUAAAAUGGAUUUUAUAUUAAUGUUGGUAAAUGGUUAUUUUUUUUCCAUUCUCUUGUGUUUUCUGUUUUGUUAUCUGCUGAAGCUGGGAUGGAUCCAUUGUCUCAAGGUUUAUUCUGAUAUGCUUUGAAGAUACAUGUUGAAGGGACUUUUUGCUACACAAUCCCGUAUGGAAUUACUUGUAAUUGGGCAAGUUUAAAGAUAUGUUGUUGGCAGAAAGCUCUUACAUUGAGUACAAGACUUAGAAACUGGACUGUAAAAGAUGAUAAAAGGUCAUGGGGAUUCAUAAAGAUGAAUCCAUUGCACAACACAAUUUCAAGAGGACGCAUCGGCUGUAAGUAAUUGCACGUUCAAAAGGAUUUCAUUGUAGCCCUUCUGUUCUUUUGGAAAACCGCAGAACAUUUGUUGUCAGAUUUGUUUUGAAAAAUAAGCUGCCAUUUACCAGGAUCAUUGUCUUUUAGCCAUACAUUUCUCCUUUGUUUGACCAUUUCUUUCUUCAUCUUAAAUUCAGUUUUCUUUCUAGAAAAAGAAUCAGAGACAUCUCUUUUAUUGUCAUCUUCUCUGUAUGCGGGACGUUUCUCUCAGACAUAAUUUCUUAAGAGCUAUUUCAACAUUACUAGACUAACUUGUAUAUAACAACUGUGGUUGACUCCAAAACCACUGAAGAAAAUGUGCCACUAACAGAUUGAAAGUUCCACAACACUGUUUUGGUCUAUUCAGGUCAACCCAUGGCCUUGACACCAAACUGAUCAAAAGAGGGAAGUCUGCCUUAAAACACAUUCAUUCUCUCUGAUGGUACUACCUUCAAAAUCCUAUCACAUACAUUGUAUUCUGGGGAUGACAAUGCUAGUUCUUUUCCAUUGUUCGUAAACUCUGGUUUUUCCUUGCAGAGAUGAUGAGGUUCUGUUCAAUUGAAAUGCAGCUGUCAGUUGUAAAGAUUGCCUUGUGUCAGUUUUGCCUCAAUCCCACUUCUGACACCAAUAAGGACGGGGUCAUACAGUACAGUUACAUUUCCAUCGGUUACAUGGACCAAAUUUUACCACAUGAAACCAACAGAGCAGAGUUGCCCUAAUCAAACAUGAAAUGAGAGCCUUUGUGCAACCAUUAAGAUAUAAAGGAAAGCCAAAAUCAUCCACUGUACUUUGCUUCAUGAGACAUUACAUUCCCAGCUUCGCUCUCGCAUUUCAUCCACUUGAUUUGACUUCUGUCAGACAUAUAAAAAAUGUAAUUUUAUGUAUUUUAUCAUAAUUUAUUUUAGGUACUUAUUAGUUGAUUUAUUUAUAUUUUAGAUAUAAUUGUAUAUCUUUCUCAUUUUUACUUGAACACAGUUAGUUGAUUAUCUUUAUUUUCUCAAAACAGAACUGUAAAUUGACUUAGUGUUGGCACGGGUCUGUUUUUCCCUAAUUCGGGGUGGUUUCUCCCAUAGUGCUCCUGAACUCUAGUUCUCUAGUUCAUUAUAUUCUGCUUAGACUAAAAUAAAGCACAGUCCUGUAGAAGAUUGA